UGCCAAAUACUUGAUCGACUGAACCACCACCAGAGUCUACUCACUUGCAUCACUUUGGCACGGACUGCAUCUUAUCGCCAUCAUUACCACAUUGUCACAAUCCAUUCAACCAUCACUCAGUCAACAUCUGGCAUCGGCGUCCUCACGCCGCAACGCCAAAGAUGGCUCAGAUGAGCAACGCGGAGUCCGCCCGCGUUCUGAAGGAGAUUGUUCAACGAAGAUACUCGCUAGAAAGGUCCGUUGCUUGCAAUACUCAACCCAUGAUGCAUCAGAUGCCACCUCGGAAAGAUAUGGAGCUGACAGGAUUCUUCUACAACAGUCAUCAUCAUGGCAUGGAGCUAAUGCAACAACCAUUCGUUGGCCGUGUUGUGCAGCCUUGUACAAAGGGGAAGUCUGCAAAGUCUCCGGAAGCUGGAGGCCGGCAAGAAAAGCCCAGAAAUAACCCCAGAAACCGGACGCUGCCGCUUGAUCCUCCUGCCGUUGUCCGAUAUCGGUGUCACGAUAAUGAUCCUAAGAACACCUGGAUGGACAGCCCACACAUCUUCUGCACCGUUGCCAUCUGGUCCUGCGAUCCGCAAACAAAGGAAGCCAUCGCAAAAGAAGACAUGGGAAUCUUGGACGGCUCAAUGACCGCGUCGUCAUUGCAGCGUCUUCCCAGGGGCAACAAGGAGAAUCCCGCACACUGGGCCAUUUUUGCCUUUCCGGAAAUUACGGUACACAAGCCCGGGCUUUAUCACCUGGAGUUCACGCUCUGGGAGAUGCGUGAAAGGUAAGAGAUCUUCCGCUCUUAAAGGAAAUCAUACUGACUCUUCGAUAGCGCUAUCAGCGCUAUCCCUCUCUUUGCACAGAAACUGUGUUCAAAAUUUACUGACAAGCCCAUCAACGUCGAAGGUGGCUCCAAGCAGCUCCCACUUGGUAAAUCGACACCCUUGACGCAUGAGCUCAGCGAAGCAGGCAUCAAGGUCAGGAUUCGGAAAGAACCUUG